AUGGGCAUCAUCAAAAGCGACCCGGCGGAGGAUGUAAUACAACCCGCGCCAGACGAAGAUGUCGAAAAGUUCACCCAACCCGCACAUCAGGAGAAGCGGCCCAGCACCAUCCAAUCGACCAUCGAUCCCGAAAUGGAACGCCGAGUCGUGCGCAAAUUGGAUUGGCAUCUUCCAACGUUAAUGGCGUUUUUCUAUCUCCUCGCUGCCCUCGACCGAAGCAACAUCGGAAAUGCCAAAAUCGCCGGUAUGCAAGAGGAUCUCAGCCUCAAUUCGAAGAGCUACGCCUGGCUCCUGACAAUCUUCUACAUCUCGUACACGGUCUUUGAAGUCUUCGGGUUGAUGUGGAAGGUGGUAAAGCCGCAUCAAUGGGCCGCCUUCAUGAUAUUCUCAUGGGGCUUGGUCUCAACAUGUCAAGCAGCGACGACGAAUUGGCAAGGCAUGAUGGCGCUGCGCUUUCUGAUGGGCGCAUUUGAGGCUGGCUUUGGUCCCGGCGUUGUUUAUCUGAUGUCAUUUUUCUACCGCCGCCACGAGCUGGGUCUCCGGUGCGGAUUCUAUGCCGGCGCUGCGCCGCUGGCAAACACCUUUGCUGGCGCUUUGGCUUACGGAAUCACGUCGGGACAUGCUGCAAUUGCGAAUUGGCGUGUAUUGUUCCUCGUCGAGGGACUACCGGUCUGCGCGGCUGCUCUUUUGGCUUGGUUCUUUGUACCAGACAGCGCAGAGAGCGCGAAGUUCCUGACGGAAGAGGAGCGAGAGGUUGCGCGUGCUCGCGCUAUACAGCAGUCUGGCGAGCCGGAACGCGCAGGGAAGAUCCAGUGGAAGGAAUUGGGUGAAACGCUUCUCGAUGUGAAAGCGUGGCUUACAGCGUUCAUGUAUUUCAGCUGCAACGUCAGCUUCUCGUCGCUUCCUGUGUUCCUGCCUACCAUUUUGAAGGAAAUGGGAUUCACUGCAAUCAAUGCGCAGGGCCUCACAGCCCCUCCCUUUUUUGCCUCGUUUUUGGCAACGAUUGCGACCACAUGGGUGGCGGAUCGUACACAGCAACGUGGACUGAUGAUCACUGGCUUAUCAGUGGUCGGCGGCGUGGGGUAUAUCCUGUGCGCGACCUGCACAUCAGUGGGUGCACGGUAUUUUGGUGUCUUUUUGGCGGCAUGUGGAGUCUUCCCCUCGAUCGCCAACAUCCUGCCGUGGGUUCUGAACAAUCAGGGCUCCGAUACCCGCCGGGGUGGAGGCAUUGUUCUGCUCAACAUUAUCGGGCAAUGUGGCCCUUUCCUGGGCACCAAUGUCUUUCCCGACGCCGAGGCCCCUCGCUAUAUUAAGGGCAUGUCCAUUUGUGCUGCUUUUAUGUUUUUCACGGCCUUUCUUGCACUUUCUCUGCGUGUGUUGCUCAUCUUUGAAAACCGGGGCCUCGAGAAAAAGUACGGGCCCCGCACUGAUGAUCCUAAAUCUACUGAUGCCCCAGUGGCGGAGGACAAUUACGGUGCCAACUUCCGUUACGUCUUGUGA